CGUAAGCGGCGUUUAUUUUCGUGAUUCUGGCUGUUACAUUCGUCUAUUUUAUUUUAAUUCCGGUCUUAUUAACAGAAGUUAUAAGACCUCCGCCAGUGUUUUUUCGUUGCAAAUAAAGAAAGAAAUCUAAAAGUAAAGAAGACGAGGUUGUAGAGAAGGUAUCAUGAGCUACGUGUACUCCCAAAAACCCAAGAGUUUGGUCAGCGCGUUGUAUAACCAUCCCAUGCCCCAGUUGAUGCAGGGCACUGUGUGUAGAAAUAUUUGUUUGCGAAAGGAGAAGUCAAAGAAGUUUAAGACCAGCAUUUUUAGAAGACAUAUCAAGAUGCCUACUGUCGUGACAGUCACUUGGUUGGGAGCCUAAAGGGUUACAAUUUCAACUAGAGCUCAAGAAGAGUUCGAACAAUUCUAUUCAAAAUGGUUGGUCAAAAGAUCAUCUGUGCGAGUGGCACCGACAAUCUCGGAUAUCAAAACAACAAUUUAUACACCAAAAGAUAUGGUUUUUUCGCAAACGAGUCACAGGACUCAAAGUAUUUUGAAUGUGGUAGACAUAGAUCGCAUAAAGAAAGAGAAUCAGGAGAACGGCCUGAACGGAGUAAUCGCCGACGGACCAACCGCAACGCCUCAGCCGCACUGCAGCUUCGCCGAGGUGAGUACUCACGAGUAUCUGAAACCGGAGCCAGUGUUCGAGAGCAAUAUGUAUCACGACACGGACUACGAGUUCUUCCAAGAACUGGCUGGGUGGUGCUCCGAUCCCGCCAAGGAAGAACAAGCACAAAUCAUUGAUUCAGCAAAACAAAUUGAAGACAGGGCAUUCAACACUGACACACUACACACACCACUGUCCCCCGGUUGGGACAGCUUCGACGCCAACGUCGCCGCGCAGGCGAGCUUCUACACCACGACGCCCAGGGACCCGCUGUCGCCGGCCGAGGGCGUCGAUGCGAUGUUCGCCCUGCCGGAGACCGAGCAGUUCGUCGACAUCGCCAGCCUGCCCGUGGUCAUCGACCAGCAGGAGCAGCGGGCCGGCUGGGACACAUACACUAAACUCCUCACACACGAUACGCCCUUCAUCGAUGACGACUCCCAGGACCUGAAGUACAUGGCGUCGGUGACGCCGAGCGAGGUGGAGCGCUGCGACGACGUGAUCACAGAGUACAUCGUGUCUCCACGGAAACACGCGGGCCUGUCGCUGGACGUGGCGGCGCGGCCCGCGCUGGCCGGCCACGUCAUCAGCACGCCCGAGGUGCUGUCCUUCGUCGAGCAACUGGAGCAGGAGAAACACCCCCUCGCUGGCUUGAAAUCUCGGCAGCAAACUCUGGUACAGGAGACUUUCUUGUCUCCGCUGGCAGCGGCGCCGGCUCCGCUGGACUACCAGCCCAUCACACCCAAGAGCGAGCCGCAGGCCGACUCCGAGGAGGAGCCUGCCGCCAGGGUGCCCCGGCGCCGCCGCCGCAGCGAGGACAGCGACGAGGAGUAUUCACCACAUCAGGAGCGCACCACCCCCAGAAAAUACAAGAGGAGAAAGCCCAACAUACCUCUAAAGGACAUGAUCUUGGCGCUCGAGGGCUCGCAGCAGCUCACGAGGGCCCGCAGAGGACGCCCUCCCAAGCGGAGAGACAGCGCCGUCUCCAACGCGUGCAGCGAGAACUCCUCCAUGUCCACGCAGGACACGAAGUACAGGGAACUGAGGGACAAAAACAACGAGGCUUCCAAGCGAUCCAGGAUGCACAGGAAACUGAAGGAACUCCAGAUGGAGCAGGAGGCCGACCAACUCGAGGAGAGGAACAAGAAGCUCAGAGUUCAGGCCGGCAUCCUGGAGGAGAUGGCCAAGAGGCUCAAGGAUGCUCUGCUCACGUCGAUCAUGCAGAAAUAAUCGGGCCCCGCUCGAGCUGAUCCCGUCUCCAGUGCCUUGCACUCUAAACGUACGCUAGUCUACCACGCUCACAGCACGGGUGACGCCUCUUGGCCAGUACAACUAAUAUAUUAACGAUUAGUGCGAUGUACCUCGUGUGAAAACGGAUGGGACUGGUGUCAGUCACAUAGCAUGUGUGAUUGUCUUUAAUAUGUUAUGUUCGCAAUCAUUGGAUUGUAUAAAAA